GCUGCCGGCUCCGGAGGCGGCACGCGGCCAGCGCUGCUCCGCUCCGGGGCUCUUUACCCCGGAGUCGGGGCCGGGCGCGCGGGAAACGGUUACCGAGCGAACCUGGACGCCCUCUGCCUUCGUCAUUUCCUGCCGGCCGGUCGGUUUCCGGAUGAAACGAGGAGCCAGGCUGGAAUGCAUUGGCACAAUCAUAACUCACUGCAGCCUCAAACUUCUGGACCCAAGAUAUCCUACCACCUCAGCUUCCCAAGUACCUUGGACUACAGCUGAAGAGGAUACCAGUUUCUUCUGUGCAGAGUUAGAGCUCUCUGUUUGUAUGUAUGUGAAUUGAGUCCGUUUCUGAAGUGUGAAGACUGCAUCGCUGUGGAUCACACUGGUGUAGCCCUCCUGAGCAUGCAGCCUUUUUGGAGGAAUGUGUGUUAGUCAGCUUUUGCUGCAUAACAAACCACCUGAUACUAGUGGCUCAAAAAAACAAACAUUUCUUUCUGUACCUCACAGUUCUGUAGGGCACCGGAGUGGUUCUGACUUGAGCAAGCCUGGCUGGACUUUGCAGUCAGCUGGCAGCUGGCUGGCUGUGUGGUUUACGAUAGCCUGACCCACCCAUCAGGUGCUCAGCGGGCUGACCAGUGGCAGGGACUCAGCAGUGAUGGCGCAUCCCCACUCCAUGUGGCCUUCUCAUUUCUGGAGGAGACAUCACAGCUUUCCCAGAUCGGGAGGAAAAAUAUGGAAUGUGUUUUACCGCUGACUGAACACAACCAAAUGAACUGUCCUGACAGUAGUUUGCAAACCAGCAGCUAGCAGUUUGUCCAGCCUCUAACAUUGUCCAGCACUUUCCAGAGCAAACUCACUGUUUACAAGAACUCUUGGCCUUACGAAGUUUAUAACCUCAAGCUUUGUUUAUUUAAAAUAUUCCUGCAAAAGAAAAGUACCCGGCACCCACUUUCCAAAAUGGCCAUGGAUGAGUAUUUGUGGAUGGUCAUUUUGGGUUUCAUCAUAGCUUUCAUCUUGGCCUUUUCUGUUGGUGCAAACGAUGUUGCCAACUCCUUUGGUACAGCCGUGGGCUCUGGUGUGGUGACCUUGAGGCAGGCAUGCAUUUUAGCUUCAAUAUUUGAAACCACCGGCUCCGUGUUACUAGGAGCCAAAGUAGGAGAAACCAUUCGCAAAGGUAUCAUUGACGUGAACCUGUACAACGAGACGGUGGAGACUCUCAUGGCUGGGGAAGUUAGUGCCAUGGUUGGUUCCGCUGUGUGGCAGCUGAUUGCUUCCUUCCUGAGGCUUCCAAUCUCAGGAACGCACUGCAUUGUGGGUUCUACUAUAGGAUUCUCACUGGUCGCAAUCGGUACCAAAGGUGUGCAGUGGAUGGAGCUUGUCAAGAUUGUUGCUUCUUGGUUUAUAUCUCCACUGUUGUCUGGUUUCAUGUCUGGACUGCUGUUUGUACUCAUCAGAAUUUUCAUCUUAAAAAAGGAAGACCCUGUUCCCAAUGGCCUCCGGGCACUCCCAGUAUUCUAUGCUGCUACCAUAGCAAUCAAUGUCUUUUCCAUCAUGUACACAGGAGCACCAGUGCUCGGCCUGGUUCUCCCCAUGUGGGCCAUAGCCCUCAUUUCCUUUGGUGUCGCCCUCCUGUUCGCUUUUUUUGUGUGGCUCUUCGUGUGUCCGUGGAUGCGGAGGAAAAUAACAGGCAAAUUACAAAAAGAAGGUGCUUUAUCACGAGUAUCUGACGAAAGCCUCAGUAAGGUUCAGGAAGCAGAGUCCCCAGUAUUUAAAGAGCUACCAGGUGCCAAGGCUAAUGAUGACAGCACCAUCCCGCUCACGGGAGCAGCAGGGGAGACAUCGGGGACCUCGGAAGGCACUUCUGCGGGCAGCCACCCUCGGGCUGCAUACGGAAGAGCACUGUCCAUGACCCAUGGCUCUGUGAAAUCGCCCAUCUCCAACGGCACCUUCGGCUUCGACGGCCACACCAGGAGCGACGGUCAUGUGUACCACACCGUGCACAAAGACUCGGGGCUCUACAAAGAUCUGCUGCACAAAAUCCACAUCGACAGGGGCCCCGAGGAGAAGCCGGCCCAGGAAAGCAACUACCGGCUGCUGCGCCGAAACAACAGUUACACCUGCUACACCGCUGCCAUUUGUGGGCUGCCAGUGCACGCCACCUUUCGAGCUGCGGACUCAUCGGCCCCAGAGGACAGUGAGAAGCUGGUGGGCGACACCGUGUCCUACUCCAAGAAGAGGCUGCGCUACGACAGCUACUCGAGCUACUGUAACGCGGUGGCAGAGGCGGAGAUCGAGGCGGAGGAGGGCGGCGUGGAGAUGAAGCUGGCGUCGGAGCUGGCCGACCCUGACCAGCCGCGAGAGGACCCUGCAGAGGAGGAGAAGGAGGAGAAGGACGCACCCGAGGUUCACCUCCUGUUCCAUUUCCUGCAGGUCCUCACCGCCUGUUUCGGGUCCUUUGCUCACGGCGGCAAUGACGUGAGUAAUGCCAUCGGUCCCCUGGUAGCCUUGUGGCUGAUUUACAAACAAGGCGGGGUAAUGCAAGAAGCAGCUACACCCGUCUGGCUGCUGUUUUAUGGAGGAGUUGGAAUCUGCACAGGCCUCUGGGUCUGGGGGAGAAGAGUGAUCCAGACCAUGGGGAAGGACCUCACUCCCAUCACGCCGUCCAGUGGCUUCACGAUCGAGCUGGCCUCAGCCUUCACGGUGGUGAUCGCCUCCAACAUCGGGCUUCCAGUCAGCACCACGCACUGUAAGGUGGGCUCGGUGGUGGCCGUGGGCUGGAUCCGCUCCCGCAAGGCUGUGGACUGGCGCCUCUUUCGAAACAUCUUCGUGGCCUGGUUCGUGACCGUCCCUGUGGCUGGGCUGUUCAGCGCUGCUGUCAUGGCUCUUCUCAUGUAUGGGAUCCUUCCGUAUGUGUGAUUUGUCUUCUUCCAGCUGCAAACAGCUAAAGGGAUGGUCUGGUGUUGGCGUGUGGGAGACAUGUGUGCUCGUGCCGCACAUACACAUCCUGGCCGUGCACGGCUCUCUCAUGACCAGCUCUCUGCCUCCCUUCCAGGAGGCUCCAUCCCACACUGUUCACCCAGGCUGCGGAGACUCACCUUCCCGUGCUAACUUAACUACUGUACAUAAUAAUAUGUAUUAAACUGGUAUCGUGGUGAUAUAAUGUGGUGCAGUUACUUAUAUAUUAAAUAUCUAUUGUAUCCAUAGAAUAGGCAGCAUUAUUUCAAACAUAUUCAAGUUGGGAGUGGAGAUCAUUGCCUAGAAGUCAAUAUUCAAUAAAUCUUGUACAUAACUAUUUCGAUGGCAAAUGUUAAGCCUUCUAAAAGGAAAGUGUAGAUUGGAAAAUGAUUUUUUUUCCAAAUGAUGUUUUUCCCUUCUAAUAUACUGUAAGGUAAUGAGCUUCAGAACAGGCGACCUGACCCUGCAGAGGUCGCGUGCUGUGGGAUGACAGCGGGACGGGAGCUCACAAGUGCUUUCACUGAAGAUUUGUUCAUAUACUGUGUAUUGAUUCUUGUGUAAUAUAUCAUCAUUGCUUUUGUAAAUACGUAAAACUGUAAUUUUUUAAUGGUGUGCUUCCCUUAUACUUUUUUGAUCAGAGAAUUUUGGAAAGUACCAAAGAAGCAGGGGAAUCAUUGGCCAGUGUUACGUUUUCACAUUGUCUGUCUCCCACCCUCACUGAUCACGCCUGCCCCGGAGCAGUGUGUGGCGGUGACACCGUCACCCAGCAUGCGCCACGCCGUGGCUCCCACCAGCAGUGCCACCGCCACCACACCCCAGAUCCCGCCCACCUUGCAGUGGCCUUUCCUUGUCAUCAGACUAGAGAAUGCACACGUGUUGGUGAGGGCGUGUGGCUGAGCACUACAUGUCAAGUCCAGGGUCAGUUUCUAUCCCAAUUCUCCCUGCAGCCUGAAGAACGGAUCCUUGUCUCCAAUGUCAGCACAAAGGAGGCUUUUUCUGUGCUUUGACAUUCUAGCAGUUCAGGGAUGAGAGGGAGGGAGAAUCCUGGAUGCUGGAUGGAGUAUUUCUCUGAGGCCCACACAAAGCUGGACACCCCCAGGCUCUACUCCAUCCCAUUGGAGUCUCUUCUUUCUUUGAUAGCGGGAGGGAGGAAGUACGACUAAUGUUGGAGCCUGAAACUAUGGAAAUGCUGCUGAAAUUUUUAUAUUGACAAACAUUUUCUUGGUACUUCAUUGUCAUUUUUCAUUAAUCAACCAUAUUAAAUUUAUAAUAAAAAAUGCCCCUCAGAA